AUGGCGGCGAAGCCUCCGCCUGCACGACCGCACAUUGGUCUGCACUCAUCAUUCAAUGCAAGAUCUAACGCAGACUGGGGAGAAGACGAUGUUUGGGAUAGUGGAUCAGACUCUGAAUCACCUCGCCAGUCCACAAUCUCAAACUCGUGGCGGCUCCCUCCUUCCCCAUCAUCAUAUAGGCGCCAGUCAUCUCCGAUAACAGCACCGAAACCAGUCCCUAGACCACCUAGCAACUCUUCUUCAUCCAAUGUCUCAUUCUCCUACACUCAUCUCAGUGCGCCCAGUCCAGGUUCCUACCCUUCGAAUGCUGCCGAUACCACUCAACCUGCAAAGGGUGGAUGGACAAUGGUUAGAAAAUCUGGCACUUCACAGGAUGCUUUAUGUGUCAAGUUACCCAAAGAUAUUGAUCCAAAUGGCGAUGUAGACGUCGACAGUGACAUGGUUGUAGGGGAUUUCGAGCCAGAAAUGGAACAGGCUGCUGGCACUAGCAUCAAAGUUAAACCAGACCAAGGUUCCAUCAAAUCUGAUGUUAUCGAGAUUAUGAACGAUCCGUUGCACAGGUUUCUCCGUUCUCCUCAACCACAGCCAGAACCAAGGUUUAAUCAUAGGAUGGGUCAUUCUCCACGUUCGAGUGAUGCUGAGAAGCUCCUUCGGGAGAGCUCAAUUCGCACAAACCGACGAAUCAAAUUCAUCGAUUGUCUUAGCAAAGAUGAUGUCAAUAUUAGCGAACUCCGUAAAUUAGCUUGGGCGGGUACUCCCAACGAUCUAAGAGCCGCUGUAUGGCCGAUUCUUCUCGGCUACCUUCCCUUGCCAUCAAACCUUCGAGCUUCCACUCUUGCACGAAAGAGAGGAGAAUACUCAUCACUGGUCGAACUAGCAUUCGCUCGGGAUCGUCAAGGGCUCGACCAACAAAUAUGGCAUCAGAUCGAGAUCGACGUACCACGGACGAGACCUGGUGUACGUUUAUGGAUGCAGGCAUCCACUCAACGUAGUCUCGAAAGAAUUCUCUAUGUCUGGGCAAUACGACACCCAGCAAGUGGAUACGUUCAAGGCAUCAAUGACCUCGUUACCCCAUUCUUCCAGGUUUUCCUCUCCGCUUACAUUGAAUCAGAUCCGGAAGAAUUUGAUACCUCUCUGCUCCCGACGGCUGUCCUGAGUGCUGUCGAGGCAGACUCGUUUUGGUGCUUGUCACGUUUGUUGGACGGCAUUCAGGAUAACUACAUCUCAGCACAACCUGGCAUUCAACGAAGUGUCAAGCGCAUGGCUGAACUUGUUGCACGUAUUGAUGCUCCCCUGUAUACACACCUCGAGUCCCAAAAUGUUGAAUUCAUGCAGUUCGCUUUCCGCUGGAUGAAUUGUCUUCUGAUGCGAGAAAUCAGUGUGAAGAACACGAUCCGCAUGUGGGACACGUAUCUAGCUGAAGGAGCGGAUGCAUUCUCUCAAUUCCACCUUUAUGUAUGCUCUGCAUUCCUCGUCAAGUGGAGCGAAAAGCUCCGGCAAAUGGAUUUUCAGGGUAUCAUCAUGUUCCUGCAAUCCCUCCCGACGCAGGACUGGGGAGACCACGAAAUUGAAAUGCUUCUCAGCGAAGCUUUUGUGCUCAAUUCCAUAUGGCACAACGCUCAAAGUCAUUUUAAUGCUAAAUAGCUAUCUCAUACAUACUCCAACGGCGCAGCACACGUGUAAGAUGUGGUUUGAAGUACAAUCUAUGAUGCAGGGGGGCAAAGCUGCCCGAGUCUUCAACAACUCGGAAAGAACCCUUCACAGAAAUGCAUGCAACUAUGCUAGAUGAUGCGAUGAGUAAAGAAUAUGGAAAUGUGCAGUGUAUAGACAGGUAUACGAGGGAGUGUGUAAAAUUAGACAUGGGCAACAUUAGAGACAUAGAAUUACAAACCCCUCAAUUCGACUCUUUGACAGCUGCGACCUCGCGAUCCAAAGCAUUCUUGAGCUCCUGAGCUUGCUCAGGUGUUUUUACACGGAUUCGGAACGAUGCCGGAGCACCUUCAUCAUGUCCGACAAAGGAUACCAUCGUCUUCAUCAGUGUUGGGGUUAGUGACACGAACAACCUGAAGUUCUAACGGG